CAUAUUAUUGGCGAUCAAACAAACACUCUAUUUCCUGAUAUAAUUUCAGGGUUUAGUUAGUAAAAUUGCAUCCAAUUUCCAAAAUUUAUUAUUUUGAUAUUUCGGCAGAUUUGUCAUUCCAAAGGCAGGGCAAUAAAUAUUUAUACAUCGCCAAGGUGAAUCUGAGCCCUUGUUCUUAAAUUAUUGUUACGAGAGAUGAUGAGUUCUUAGUGAAGGCGACGAGUUUUCUACUGCAAAGUGGACCGAACUCUUUGAUCAACGCAACAUUUCCUGUUCAUAAUGGGAACGCUUGGUGAUAAAUGGGGCGAAGAGUUCUCCGUCAUUAAAGAGAAAGGAGAGAUUUCCUACAUCGACUAUGAAGAUGAUAAAUCUGUUUGCAGUUAUAAUCCUCUCGAGGAAGGUCCAGUUAUUAUUUCAGUCCCAUUCCCUUUUGUCAAUGGCAAACCCCAAUCAGUUUUCGUCGGAGAAACUGUGGCCGAUGCAAUCACUCUCAGGAACACCACCGACGAAUCCAUCGACCUAUGGGCUGUUAAUAUUUAUGCAUCUAAUCCCGAAAACUCGUUUACGCUCUCUCUAAUGGAGCCCCCUUCGGCCAAUGCUGACAUACAAGCUUUACAAGAGUUCUUGGAGGCUUUCACGUUGGAUGAUAGAAUGCUCCAUCCGGAUGAUACUCUUACUGUGUGGUUGUCUUGCAAGCCCAAGGAAAUUGGAUUGCACACCACUGUUGUGCAUUUUGACGUUGGGAAUGAGAGAAUAGAGCGAGUUUCUUUCCUGUUGGCCGAUGAUAAGAUUUCGCAGUCGUUGGUUUCGAGGAAGCCGUAUUCGAGAGAUAGGAAGAAGAGGCACGAGGUAGUUGACUCCUAUGUACCCGGCUCGCGUCCCUCUCGAACGCAAGGUCCGGGAUUCAGGAAUUGGAUUCCUCGUUAUGACGUCCCCAGUGAAGUUAGAGAUGUAGUUGGUAGAAGAGAGAUUCCUAGUGUUGUUCGGGAAGGACUUAAGAGAGAUACCUAUGUUCACUAUUUCAUGACAUUGUUGAACGUGGAAGAAAUACAAUUGGAGGAGGACAUGAGAGCCUAUGAUAUGGAGCGUGUGGCUAUGAAAAGAAAGGGAAAUCAAUUUUUGUCCCUCGAGGUUCCAGGGCUCGCGGAGCGAAGGCCUUCGCUAGUUCAUGGAGACUAUAUUCUUGCCAAGAUGCCUUACGAACCUGACUCAGUUUCUACUUAUCAGGGCUACAUUCAUCAUGUUGAGGCUGAUGAAGUGUACCUAAAGUUUGCCCCCGAAUUUCACCUCAACCACAGAGAUAACAACAUGUAUAAUGUUCAGUUCACUUAUAACAGAAUCAACAUGAGAAGGUUAUAUCAGGCUAUUGAUGCUGCAGAAAAUUUGGCAAAGGAGUUUCUGUUCCCAUAUGAGUUUUCAGAGAAAAGACAUAUCAAGACUACUCCACUGGUGCCUAUAACUCAAAAUAUGAACGAGGAACAGAUGCGUUCCGUUCAGAUGAUCCUCGGUUGCAGAGGAGCGCCACCUUAUUUAGUUCAUGGACCUCCAGGUACAGGUAAGACUCAAACCUUAGUGGAAGCUAUCCUCCAGCUUUACACAACAGGAAAGAACACUCGGAUUCUUGUUUGUGCUCCUUCAAAUAGUGCUGCAGACCACAUACUGGAUAAACUCCUCAGUGAGGAGGGCGUUGAAGUUCGAGAUAAUGACGUUUUCAGGCUAAAUGCAAGCACACGUCAAUACGAGGACAUUAAGCCCGAUCACCUUCAGUACUGCUUCUUUGAUGAACAAAUCUUCAAGUGUCCUCCACGUAGUGCACUAGUGCGCUAUCGGAUUGUUGUAUCGACGUAUACGAGUACUUCCCUUCUUUAUGCUGAAGAUAUCAAGCGUGGUCACUUCUCUCACAUUUUCUUGGAUGAGGCUGGGCAGGCUUCAGAACCAGAAACCUUAAUUCCUGUAUCCAACCUCUGUCUAAGGAAAACAGUUGUUGUACUUGCUGGUGACCCCAUGCAAUUAGGUCCAGUAAUUUACUCUAAAGAAGCAGACAUUUAUGGAUUGGGUAAGUCAUAUUUGGAAAGGCUUUUUGAAUGUAAAUAUUACAGCACUGGGGAUGAAAACUAUGUAACAAAGUUGUUAAGAAACUAUAGAUGUCAUCCGGAUAUCUUGCAUCUUCCUUCCACAUUGUUCUAUGGUGGUGAACUAAUUGCUUGUAAAGAUGAGAAAAGUUUCCUCACGGAUACAGAAGAUAUUCUUAAAGUACUUCCCAAUAGGGAGUAUCCUGUUCUUUUCUUCGGUAUCCAAGGCUGCGACGAGAGGGAGGGAAACAAUCCAUCGUGGUUUAACCGAAUCGAGGUAAGCAAGGUCGUAGAGAUUAUAAAGAAAUUGACAGCCGGUGGAAGUCUGAGCGAGGAAAAUAUUGGGGUGAUAACACCCUAUCGACAACAAGUGACCAAAAUAAGGAGAGCCCUUGAAAGCCUGAAUAUGCUUGAUAUAAAGGUUGGUAGUGUAGAACAAUUUCAAGGACAAGAGAAGCAAGUGAUUAUUGUUUCUACUGUUCGAUCAACAAUCAAACACAAUGAGUUUGACAGAACCUACUGUUUGGGGUUCUUAAGUAAUCCAAGAAGGUUUAAUGUGGCUGUUACCCGGGCUAUAUCUCUUCUGGUUAUUAUUGGCAAUCCCCAUAUAAUCAAUCAGGAUGUCUACUGGAGCAAGCUGUUAUGGCAGUGUGUUGACAAAGAUUCCUAUCAAGGUUGUCCCCUUCCCGAAAGACAGGAUCCCACAGAUGAGGAUAAUCUAUGCAAUAACGAAGAGGAACAGAAUUAUGGGUUUGAAGGAGCAGCAGCAGGGCAGAAUCAAGAGCAGCCGGAGGUGGAAUUUCUUACUCCGGUUGUUGAUGAAGCUGAAUGGUCUGAUGGUUGGAAGUAACUUUUGCUACAGAUCCAGAAAUGAAGUGGAGAAAGAAAAUUUUUGCUUACUUUUUCUCUACUUAGAUCUUUGUAGAUGCCUAGGAAACUAUGGUUAUGUCCAAGAUCACUUUUGUUUUGUCUAAUCGUGCUAAAGUCAGAAUAAUAUUACUCCUAUAAUAUGAAAAUCUUGAUCAAGUCAAAGGCUUUGGAAGUCA